CGAAGGGCGUGGCAAAAGGGGCGAGGUGACGCGACGUGGUGACGCACAGGAGAGUUGGGGCGGGACCGGCGGUCGGGGCCGCUGUCAGAGACGGGCCCACGAGCGGGGCGUACGGACACGCCGGACCUUGUGUGAGGACAAAAAUGCUUAACUUAAGGACUUGUGCAGCAAAACUGAGGCCGUUGACGGCCUCACAGACUGUAAAGACAAUUUCCCAACACAGACCGGCAGCACCCAGGACGUUCCAACAGCUCAGGUGCUACAGUGCACCGGUGGCUGCCGAGCCAUUUCUGAGUGGGACUAGUUCAAACUAUGUGGAGGAAAUGUAUUAUGCUUGGCUGGAAAAUCCCAAAAGUGUACAUAAGUCAUGGGACAUCUUUUUUCGCAAUGCCAAUGCUGGAGCUGCUCCAGGCACUGCUUACCAAAGCCCCCCUUCGCUGACUACCAGCCUCUCCACCCUGUCCCAAGCCCAGUCCCUGGUUCAGGCACAGCCUAACGUGGAUAAACUGGUGGAGGACCAUCUUGCAGUGCAAUCUCUCAUCAGGGCAUAUCAGAUUCGAGGGCAUCAUGUAGCACAACUCGAUCCACUGGGCAUCUUGGAUGCAGAUCUGGACUCCUCCCUUCCAGCCGAUAUUAUCACAUCCACAGACAAACUGGACCUCGCAGUGUUCAAGGAGCGGCUGAGAGUGUUAACAGUAGGAGGCUUUUAUGGUCUGGAUGAAUCUGACCUCGACAAAGUUUUCCACUUGCCCACAACCACGUUCAUCGGUGGAAAUGAAUCGGCUCUUCCACUCCGGGAAAUCAUCCGUCGGCUGGAGACGGCAUACUGCCAGCACAUUGGCGUGGAGUUCAUGUUCAUCAAUGACCUGGAGCAGUGCCAAUGGAUCCGGCAGAAGUUUGAGACCCCAGGCAUCAUGCAGUUCACCAAUGAAGAGAAACGCACGCUGCUGGCCAGGCUGGUCCGCUCUACCAGGUUUGAGGAGUUCCUCCAUAGGAAAUGGUCUUCAGAGAAGCGUUUUGGUCUGGAGGGAUGCGAAGUGCUGAUCCCAGCCUUAAAGACCAUUAUUGAUAAGUCAAGUGAGAAGGGAGUGGAUUAUGUGAUCAUGGGAAUGCCCCACAGGGGACGCCUGAAUGUGCUUGCCAACGUGAUCAGGAAAGAGCUGGAGCAGAUCUUCUGCCAGUUUGACUCCAAGCUGGAGGCUGCUGAUGAGGGCUCCGGCGACGUGAAGUACCACCUGGGAAUGUACCACCGGCGGAUUAACCGCGUCACUGACAGGAACAUCACCCUUUCCUUGGUGGCAAAUCCUUCUCAUUUGGAAGCAGCUGAUCCUGUAGUUCAAGGCAAGACUAAGGCAGAGCAGUUUUACUGUGGGGACACGGAGGGGAAGAAGGUGAUGUCCAUCCUCCUGCAUGGAGAUGCUGCAUUCGCAGGGCAGGGCAUCGUGUACGAGACAUUUCACCUGAGCGACCUUCCCUCCUACACCACCCACGGCACUGUCCAUGUUGUGGUCAACAACCAGAUCGGCUUCACAACAGACCCGCGGAUGGCCCGCUCCUCGCCGUACCCCACCGACGUUGCGCGCGUGGUCAACGCGCCCAUCUUCCACGUCAACGCGGACGACCCCGAGGCCGUGGUCUACGUGUGCAAUGUAGCAGCAGAAUGGCGAAGCACCUUCCACAAGGACGUGGUGGUGGAUUUGGUUUGUUACAGGCGCAACGGGCACAAUGAGAUGGAUGAACCCAUGUUCACGCAACCCCUGAUGUACAAACAGAUCCGGAAACAGAAGCCAGUGUUGCAGAAAUACGCAGAGCUGCUGAUUUCCCAGGGGGUGGUAAACCAGCCGGAGUAUGAGGAGGAAAUUGCCAAGUACGAUAAGAUUUGUGAGGAGGCCCAUGCUAGAUCCAAGGAUGAGAAGAUCUUGCACAUCAAGCACUGGCUGGACUCACCUUGGCCAGGUUUCUUCACUUUGGAUGGGCAGCCCCGGAGCAUGACCUGCCCUUCCACUGGUCUCAAUGAAGAGGACCUGACACACAUUGGCCAAGUGGCCAGCUCAGUGCCAGUGGAGGAUUUCACUAUCCAUGGAGGUCUGAGCCGUAUCCUGAAAACCCGUGGGGAGAUGGUGAAGAACCGGACGGUCGACUGGGCCCUGGCAGAGUACAUGGCAUUUGGCUCCCUGCUCAAAGAGGGCAUCCAUAUCCGCCUGAGCGGCCAGGACGUUGAGAGGGGGACAUUUAGCCAUCGCCAUCAUGUCUUGCAUGAUCAGAAUGUGGACAAGAGGACAUGUAUCCCCAUGAACCACCUCUGGCCCAACCAGGCUCCGUACACUGUCUGCAACAGCUCCCUGUCAGAGUACGGUGUCUUGGGAUUUGAGCUGGGCUUUGCUAUGGCCAGUCCCAAUGCCCUGGUGCUUUGGGAAGCCCAGUUUGGGGAUUUCCACAACACUGCUCAAUGCAUCAUCGACCAGUUCAUCUGUCCUGGGCAGGCCAAGUGGGUCAGGCAGAACGGCAUUGUCCUGCUGCUUCCCCACGGCAUGGAGGGCAUGGGUCCUGAGCACUCCUCUGCCCGCCCAGAGCGAUUCCUGCAGAUGUGCAACGAUGAUCCCGAUGUCUUCCCUAAGCUGGAUGACUUUGAUGUGCGUCAGCUCUAUGAGUGCAACUGGAUCGUCGUGAACUGCUCCACUCCAGCCAACUUCUUCCACGUCCUGCGGCGCCAGAUCCUCCUGCCCUUCCGCAAACCGCUGAUAAUCUUCACUCCAAAGUCGCUGCUGCGCCACCCUGAAGCCCGCUCCAGCUUUGAUGACAUGCUGCCAGGCACCCACUUCCUCCGUGUCAUCCCUGACAGUGGCCCUGCAGCCCAGAACCCCGAGCAGGUGAAGCGGGUGCUGUUCUGCACUGGCAAGGUCUACUAUGACCUGACCCGCGAGCGCAAGGCCCGGCAGAUGGAGGCCGAUGUGGCCAUCACCAGGGUGGAGCAGCUCUCCCCGUUCCCCUUUGACCUCCUCCAGCGGGAAGCCCAGAAGUACCCAGCUGCCGAGCUGGUGUGGUGCCAGGAGGAGCACAAGAACCAGGGUUACUAUGACUAUGUCAAACCGCGGCUUCGCACCACCAUCAACCGUGCAAAGCCUGUCUGGUAUGCAGGGCGGGAGCCAGCAGCUGCCCCUGCCACUGGCAACAAGAAAACCCACCUGACAGAGCUUCAGCGGCUGCUGGACACGGCCUUUAACCUCGAUGCCUUCAAGGACCUGGCCUGAGCGCCGGCGUGGCGCAGCAUGCUCCUCCGUCUGUCUGUCCGUCUCUCUGUCCUUCGCUCGCCUCCCCCCCUCAACUACAGAUCUUGUCAACCCCA